AUGGAGGUUCUUGUUGAAAGGUGUCUUUUCAAGAGGGAAUGGAACGGCGCAAACGUGGAAGACAUUGUUGAAUGCGCUCAUAGCGGAAAGGCACAUUUCAUCGCCACUGGCGCAUUCAACUCAUUAGUUGUGAAGGAAUCUCAUCAGGGGGAUGUAGAAAGCCUGCCCAUCGCAGCACGUACUCUUCUUCUUAGCGCUGAUACCAGCGAAAUUGUUGUGCGUGGCGUUAACAAGUUUUUUGACAUCGAGGAUGUCGAGCGGGAUCUCCUGAUGUGGAAAGGCGAUGUAGCGAAGCUGCAGGGCAUAUGGUUGCAGAGAAAACUAGCCGGAUUUGUUGUAACAUUGUUUUCUCUUGAUGGCAAGUCGCUUGGCGUUGUCACGAAGCACGUUGUGGAGGGUCCGCACGUCGAUAUUGCGUAUCACAUUCUGGAGUCCAUGUUGAGUACCGAGCAGCGUAGACGGCUGGCGCGUGAUUUGUUCGAGUUGAGAGCUGCUGUGAGCUGCGAGUGCAUUUCACUCAAGGACGACUCGCACCAUCCGGUGCCAGAGCGGACCGUGUUUGACAACAAACUGGUCGUUUUCUCCAUUCACAAGCGGGAUGAUAUGCGGGAGGUGAGUGUUCCCCCGGAUAUCAUGCAGAAGAUGGCAAAGGAGUGGGGGUUUCCAUCGGUUCCUUGUUGGCGCGUUAAGAAUUGUGAGGAGUUAAUCACUUGGCUAGGAGAGAGGCAGCAUUGGGAAGGGAAAGAUCCCGCUGGUGAGGCGCUAGCAGAGGGAUAUGUGGUGGUCAUUGAAGACACUGUGCAGCGUGUUUCCCCGGAAAGUCAGUCGAUUUCACCCUUUACGGCUUUGUUGAUCCGCUUGAAGGCAAAGACGGUGAAGUACCGUGUGCUGCGCUCACUUCGGUCUAUUGUGUCCGGCGAAUCUGCUGCGCACCCGUUGCUCUUCCAUAAAAUUCUCGGCUCAUGGACAGAACAUAUCUCCGGCUACACAUGUUUGCAGCAGGCUGUAACAAAUCGUGGCGUACACCAGAUAUACAGCGAAUUUGAGUCGUAUAUCAAUGAUCAAGGUAAUAAGCGUUAUCGCGGUAGCCACUUGAGUGUCCAAGAGGCCUAUAAGGGACUCCUCGGGUUCACCGAAAAAGAGGCCCAGACUAUAUCGUAUGCGCCGCUCGAUGUCAUUUUUUUGUGUGGUCUUCCUGGUGUGGGAAAAACCACACUCGCAAGGCUAAUUGGGGAAAUGGGAGGGAACGGGUGUUCUACUUUUCGUUACAUUCUGCACCUGAGUCGGGAUGAAGUUGCGAAGUGCGUGGCGGAGCACCAUGGCAUCAAUGACUCUUCGAGUAAGCACAAGAAGCGAAGGUUGCGCUCAAUGGUGCACCAGUUUGUGCAACGUGCGUUCAGGCAGUCAAUUUUGUUGUCAUUUCUACUUGAGGGACCGGGUCUUCUGAUCUUCGACGCGUGCAACGCCAAGCCGAGCACACGGCAGCGGUGGCGCUAUAUGCUUCCCAGAGAGUUGGCUAGCUUCCGCAUAGUUUACUUGGCAUGCGCUGAGCGGAACAUCCUAGCGUCUCGUAUUGCUGGAAGACGAAACCACUCCGUACUGCGAGGUGCCGAGGAAGCUCAGGCUGCCCUUUAUGCUGUGGGAAAGGAGUUUGUUGCCCCACUGGAAAGUGAGCCUUGUUUUUGUUUAGAUGCUGCAGCAGCCUCGACUGAGGACCUCGCCCGCUCGGUAUUACUCCUCUACGAGGAAACAAAUGGGCCUGCUCCGAGCUGUCGCCAUCGUGCCACUGUCUAUGAUCAUCAACAAGCAGAGAGAGAGCUAACAAAGCACUGUGCAACAUUCGCUACAUCGAUUCUUGGAGAUCAUUAUAACGACAGUAUGACCCUUGCGCGAAGUCUUGAAGUGAGUCGUAAAAAGGCGGUUAACACAGUGGCGGUCCAGUUGUUGGUGAAAUUCGACGAGUUGUACGAGAUUAUAUCAGACGUUGUUAAGAGCAUCACAGUGGUAGUGGAUCUGCCGAAGUUGAGCUGGUGGGAAAGGUGUAAACGUGGUCUGGGCUUAGGCAACAGACGACGUCCCGGCGUAGUGGAGAAGGGGCACACCCAUUGGCUUCGCGGUUGGCUUCUUGACGGGCGAGAAGUGGGGGAAACACCACCAGAAAGUGUGUGGUUUCGUGCCCUUGAAGAUCGGUACGAGUGCCAACCUGCUUUGCCCCACGUCACAGUGUUUCACGGUCCUACAAGUGCUGCGACGUGGGUUUCUGUGCCAGCUAUUGGAAGUGCUGUGGACGUUACCCUUCACUCCGUCUUGAUCGAUCCCUUUGCCUUGUGCCUCGGUGCCACGGUGGUGUUGAAUGGUCGCCGUCAGGAACUACAGUUGAGCCCAGGUUGUGCGGUUCCGCUUCACGUGACGGUGGGCCACACGCGUCGUGUAAAGGCCUCCUACGCUGGCGAAAUGUUUGAUUUAUUUCAGCAGCGGGAGAGUCACAACAGGAAACUUGAACAUAUGCGUCUCGGCUUCUCAGUGAAAAAGAGUCGCUCGAAGUUUUUUAAUUUUGUGCAGGUUCGUCUUGCCGAGCAGGUUAAUGUGCGAGGAGUUGUUGUUGUUGUUUAG